UCUGCUGGCCGACAGGGAAGUAUCAGAAGGCUGUGCUAUGGCAGGUCUGGAGGCGUCGCUCCCGGCGAGACUUGACGCCACGGUGCCCCCGCGGUAGACCGACCAGGGUUGCGGGCUCCGAGUCCCGAGGGAUGGAGGGGUCUAAAACUUCCAGCAGCACCAUGCAAGUGAGCUUCGUGUGCCAGCGUUGCAGCCAGCCCCUGAAACUGGACACGAGCUUCAAGAUCCUGGAUCGUGUCACCAUCCAGGAGCUCACAGCUCCAUUACUUGCCACUGCCCAGGUGAAACCAGGAGAGACCCAAGAGGAAGAGGCUAACCCAGGAGAGGAGCCAUUUCUUGAAACUCGCCAGGAUGGUGUCUCUCGCAGAUUCAUCCCCCCAGCCAGUCCAUCCAGGCCAACCUUCGAGCUGAGUGCCCCUGUGGAAGACCAGCAUGGCCUUCCCUUGGGAGAGAGGAUGAUGUCUACCGAAAGUGCCAACAGCUUCACUCUGAUCGGGGAGGCAUCUGACGGCGGCACCAUGGAGAACCUCAGCCGAAGACUGAAGGUCACUGGGGACCUUUUUGACAUCAUGUCAGGCCAGACCGAUGUGGACCACCCGCUAUGUGAGGAAUGCACAGAUACUCUCUUAGACCAGCUCGACACUCAGCUCAACGUCACCGAAAAUGAGUGUCAGAACUACAAGCGCUGUCUGGAGAUCUUAGAGCAGAUGAACGAGGACGACAGUGAACAGCUACAAAUGGAGCUAAAGGAGCUGGCAUUGGAGGAGGAGAGGCUGAUCCAGGAGCUGGAAGAGGUGGAAAAGAACCGCAAGAUGGUGGCAGAAAAUCUCGAGAAGGUCCAGGCUGAGGCUGAGAGACUGGACCAGGAGGAAGCUCAGUACCAGCGAGAGUACAGUGAAUUCAAGCGACAACAGCUGGAGCUGGACGAUGAGCUGAAGAGCGUGGAAAACCAGAUGCGCUAUGCCCAGAUGCAGCUGGACAAGCUGAAGAAAACCAAUGUCUUCAAUGCAACCUUCCACAUCUGGCACAGCGGACAGUUUGGCACUAUCAAUAACUUCCGGCUGGGCCGCCUGCCCAGCGUUCCUGUGGAAUGGAAUGAGAUCAAUGCUGCCUGGGGCCAGACGGUGUUGCUGCUCCACGCCCUGGCCAAUAAGAUGGGUCUGAAAUUUCAGAGGUAUCGACUCGUUCCCUAUGGAAACCAUUCAUAUCUGGAGUCUCUGACAGACAAAUCUAAGGAGCUGCCAUUAUAUUGUUCUGGGGGGUUGCGGUUUUUCUGGGACAACAAGUUUGACCAUGCCAUGGUGGCUUUCCUGGACUGUGUGCAGCAGUUCAAAGAAGAGGUAGAGAAAGGCGAGACACGUUUUUGUCUUCCUUACAGGAUGGAUGUGGAGAAAGGCAAGAUUGAAGACACAGGAGGCAGUGGCGGCUCCUAUUCCAUCAAAACCCAGUUUAACUCUGAGGAACAGUGGACAAAAGCUCUCAAGUUCAUGCUGACGAAUCUCAAGUGGGGGCUUGCUUGGGUGUCCUCACAGUUUUAUAACAAGUGACUUUUUUUUUUUCUGAGGAAGAUAAGUUUGCCUUAAAGGCUUUAAAUUUUGUUUUGUUUGCAAAGAGAAAAAAGUAUUUUAAAUUAAAUUCGGGUACUAUUAAACAGCACAUGUUUACAAUACCAAAAAAGAAAAAAAAAAUCCACAAAAGCCACUUUAUUUUAGGAUAUCAUGUGACAGUUUCCAGAGCUACAACAUGCCUUGUACAGCUACCAGCCUUUGUCAUAGUUUUGACUCUUAACCCCAUACCUCCCUUGCCCCCUUCCCCUCAAAACUAAUUUAAAUUUGCUUUUGUUGUUGUUGUUAAUGGAGUUGAAUUGAGAUUGAUGUGUUUUCACUGGGUUUUAUCUCUCUCAACUUCCUGCACUUAAAAUAUGAACUAGAAACUUCUGUCUGCACUGAGACGACGAGAUGUGUGAGACACACAGUUGGAUAAUGUGAGAGAGUGACACAUCAGCUUUGGUCACCAGGUGGUGUGAUCAGAAGCUUGAGAUUUAACACUUGUCCUGUCUUGGUUCUCGUGCUGACUGCCUACUCUGCUUUCUGUUAGAAAUAUGAAAUGGUGUUUGAUAUUGUCUGAGACAUUAUGCAGAGAUUUAAUUAUUUGUAAUAAAAGUUUUAACUGCAGUCUG